AUGACAGAAUAUAUUAUGAACGAUUUAAACAACAUGCAAGACGCAGACGAAGAAGAGGAAGAUAUGGCAGAUCUUGUUGACGAUGAUGAAAAUGCAUACUCUCAAAAAAGAGAGCAAAAAGUUAUAAAAAGUGAAUUCAAACACGAAGAAUUACGCGAAAUCGGUUCAUCGGCAAUUUGGUCACUAUCAAGUUGGAAACCUGGUAAUGGUGUAGAUAAAUUGCGUGAUGAUAAUUUCUUGACAUAUUGGCAAUCGGAUGGUAUUUUACCACACAUUGUUAGUAUCCAAUUUCCACAAAAAGUCAAUGUCGUGCAAAUAUCACUUUGGCUUGAUUUCAAAAAUGAUGAAAGUUAUACACCCAAUAAAAUAACUAUUAGAGCCGGUACUCAUAAUGGAGAUCUUCAGGAUUUGAGAACUGUUGAACUUGAUGAACCACAAAGGACAAGUCGUCCGGUAGGAGCACAUCUUUUCCAAAUAGCCAUCAAGUCAAAUCAUCAAAACGGGAAAGACACACAUAUACGGCAGAUUAAAGUAUUUUCCCAAAAACUCCCGCUUUUCUAUGAAGACGAUUCUGAUGAUGAUAUUCCAUUUAAAACAGUUGAAUUUUCAAUGCAUGAAACUGUACGAUGA